GCAAUCAAUCCUGGCCAAGGUCGUAUCGGUACAGACGCCCCGGCGUCGCCUUGGCGACAAGGGUACCCACAAAUACCAGCGUCCGGUCACUAGACGCUCGUAGUACUACGACGCCGCUUAUCAUCAGCACACACCACACAUAAUACCUUUACUAACGGACUGUGCUUUGCCACGCUCAAUCUUUCUCCCUCGCUCUUGCACCACACACUCGGCCGUUACUGUCACGCUCGCACCCUGUUGUUAUCAUCGUGGACUAUCGGUUCCUCGCCAUCAGCGAUAUAAGGAAUCACUACAAUGGACGCUAAAUUUAAUUCAAUCGUCAAAAGUGAAAAAAAAGAAAACUCUUACAGUAUUAUUCCUAUUUCAACAAAUGAAAAACCAGAUGUGGCUGAGUUUUUACGAAAAUUCUUCUUUUGCGAUGAACCAUUAAACGUUGCCAUUAAAUUGUUAGAAGAAAAAGAAUCAACACAAAAACUUGAAGAUUAUUGCAUCGAUUAUUUACGUUAUGGUUUGACACUAAUGGCUGUGUCCCAGUCAGGCGAUAUUAUGGGUGUUAUUUUAAAUAACAUAAUGCGUAGAGAAGACUGUAAAAUUAAUGGCAAUGAAAACGGUGAUGAGACUGAAAACUGUUCUAAGUUUAAAGACAUUGUUGUAUUGUUGGAUAAAAUCAAAGGAGAAGCUAAUCUUUUUACACGAUAUCCUAAUGUAAAUCGUGUUAUGGAAAUAAAGAUUGUUGCAGUGAAUGAAGUGUACAGGGGUCAAGGCGUCUGUAAAGCUCUUGUUGAUAAAACAAAGGAGUUAGCAUUAAAAAUGGAAUGUCAAAUGAUAUAUGUGGAGUGUACAAGUCAUUUUUCUGCAAAAGCUGUGGAACGUUUAGGAUUUCAAUGUAUUUAUUCACUAGCUUAUCAAGACUACAAAAAUGGUCAAGGUGAAGUUGUGUUCAGUACUCAUCUUCCUCAUACUUGUGCCAAAGUAUUAGUAUUACCUCUUCUAGUAGAGCGGAAAUCAACAGAUCAUUUACCAACCCUUUUUAAAGACUUCAAUAAGAACAGGAAAUAUUUACUGUUUAAGGAUUCAACUCUCAAUUACAGUGGUAAAAUGGAAGUAUCCUCAAAAUAUUUGUUUAAUGUAGAGCCUAUCACACAGAGCGAUAGACAAGAAGUUAUUAGUUUUCUGAGAAAAUUUUUUUAUCGUGAUGAACCACUUAUAAUUGCACUAAAUAUAAUGGACGAUGUUGAAGCGAUGUCAAAGUUUGAAGAUUAUUGCAAUAAAUUACUUAACGAAGAACUAUCAUUGAAAGCUGUAAAUCCUAAUGGUGAUAUAAUUGGAGUUAUAUUAAACGGAAUAAAAUGUAAGCUCAUCAAAAAUGACGAUGAUAUCGAAGACAACACAAAAUUUCAAGAAAUCAAAUCACUUCUUAGGAAGAUUGAUCAAGAAGCGAAUGUUUUUGGACUAUAUCCAAAUGUUUGCCGUUUAAUUGAAAUUGAUAUUGUUUCAGUAGACUUUGCAUAUAGAGGUCGAGGCGUUUGUCAAGCCCUUUUUGAAAAGACUAAAGACUUGGCGAUAAAACAAAAGUGUUCCAUGAUUUACGUUGAAUGCAGCAGCUAUUUUUCUGCUAAAGCAGCGGAAAAACUUGGGUAUCACUGCAUAUAUACAAUGUUUUAUAAGGAUUAUGUCAACAACAAAGGAGAAGAAAUUUUUAAACCUCCGUCGCCUCAUAACUAUUCUAAGGUCUAUGUGUCACCAAUUUAAAAAACCACUAUAAUAAAAAUAAUUUUAGAAAUCGUAAAAUAAAUUAAUACUUGCAUUGAAAUAUUCAACAUUUUAUAGUGAAAUUUAUCAUUAUUGCAUAACUUUAUAUAAAACCGCAAGUGCUUUUGAAAAAAUAGCAUUCCAUCUUUCUUUUACACUUAUGCAAAUAAUUAUUAUUAA